ACACUGAGUCAGAACCAUCAGAAGUAACAGAUUCUGAGCUUAUUCAAUUUAAUCUUUCAGAGACUGACGUAGAUUGCAUGUCAGAAGAAGAAACCGCAAACCAAGUGAUACAGGAAGAUUUGAUAACUUUAAAGGAAGACAAUAGUAAACAACCAGAGGUAACCCCUUAUUUGAUUUUUUGUGAAUCUAGUUAUACUUCCGGAGGAGGAAGUAGCAAAAUAAUUGUCGAAGAAGAGUCAACUGAGAAUCAUCAAGAAGAGGAUACAGAGGGUAAGCAAGAAACUACAGAGGAGGAAAACGAAGAUACAGACCCAAACCCUACAGCCUCAGACCAAGAAGAAGGUGACGAGACAACAGAAAGUCUAGCAAAAAAAUUAACAGAAUUUGAAAACAAAACAAAUCAGGAACCUGUUGAACCAUACGAAAUUUACUCAGACCAAGAGUCGGAUACCUUGUACGUUCGACAUACAUCAAGCAGUGAAGAAGCAAGUCCAGAAAAGAAAAGUAAAGAGAAGGAGGUAAUCUCAAAAAUAGACACAGAAGAUUCAGACAAAGAAAUUCAAAUACCUAGUCCAACAGAAUCAAUCAAAAUGAGCACCAUGACAGCAAUGGAUGCAACUCAGACAACUGGUAAUCUGUCUAAUAUAUUUCAAGGAGUAGCGGCUAUGGCCCCUUCUACAACCAGUGGAUCAACUGGAGGAUAUGACAUACUGGAGACAUUAGGAUUGAAGAAUCUUUUUCAACCACAGUGCUGGGCGAAGAACUGUAAAAAUCCGGUUAAUGCCGAAAACGAAAAAUGUUACAGUUGUAGUGGAUGUGCUAACCAAGGAUGUGGAGGACUAGCAUUUGGAGUCAGAAAAUGGUGUAGCUCUUGUCGAGAUAAGUGUAAGGUACCUAUGUGUCGAGAUAAUAGAGUAAUUGGGAAACCUAAUUGUGAAAAUCAUAGUGAGGAAGGACCAGCACCAUGUGCAUGGUCUGGGUGCCAGCAACCUGCAAAGGAAACAGGGGAUUUUUGUGCAGAAUGUCAGGAGAAUGUAGAUAAGAUGUGUGAAACCUGGCAAUGCUUUGAACCAAAAUGUAGUGAGUCUGCACAAUAUUGUCGAGGGUGUUGGGAUAAGGAGUAUGAUGAGGCAAAAAGACGGCUACAAAUGUCUCCCAUUCAAGAUCCAAAGCAAACUAGCUCCAACUUGACUUCCGGAUCAGGAGUCAAGGAAGUACCAUUAAUAACUGUUCAGGACCAAAAUGGAAGUGGCUCUGGUUCAACCACAACUGGGUUAGGAAGUAAGGAGAAGACAACACAUAACUGUCUUAUGGAUGAAUGCAAAAAAAGGGUAAACGAAAAGGGAGAGAAGUGUACUGACCAUAAGUAUUGUGGACAUGUAGGAUGUAAGGAAGAAGCACCAUUUGCGUUUAGGUAUUGUAAGAAGUGCCAAGCCUGUUGCAGAGCAGAUGGAUGUUUCAAUGCAAGGGAAUGGAAAAGAGCUUACUGCAAAAGUCAUUUAACCACAAAAAUAGUGCCUUGUUCUAUAGUUUACUGCAAAAAGGAAACAGGAGACCAAGCAUGGGAAUUUUGUAACGAAUGUCUCAAGGGGCUAAUUGAGAUAGGGGAUAUGACAGGGUGUGAGGCAUGCCAAACUCCAAAUCCAUCUUGUGUGGAUUGUCGCCAUAUAGAAUGUCUACAAGAAUAUAAUGAGAUAAGGAAAGAGGCUUUAAAGCCCAAAAAUGUAACCUUUGACAUCCAGAGUUCUAGCUCGACCAUAGCAGGAUCAAGCACAACAGGUGGACCAAAACCUAUCCUGAGAAACAACACAACUAAUAUAAUUAGUAGCAUAAGCCCAACAUCCGGAAUUAACUCUAGUUUCUUUGGUAAUGCAAGUUCAAACUCAAGAGGAAUUAGUAGCUUAUUUAGUACAAAUCCAAACUCAACUCGCAUUUUACCAAUAAGAACUGGAGGGGGAUUUGGGGGAGGCUGGAAUAAUCCACCACCAGUUAAUAAUAAUCCACCACCAGUCAAUAAUAACCCACCACCAGUAAAUAAUAAUCCACCACCAGUUAAUAAUAAUCCACCACCAGUCAAUAAUAACCCACCACCAGUAAAUAAUAAUCCACCACCAGUUAAUAAUAAUCCACCACCAGUCAAUAAUAACCCACCACCAGUAAAUAAUAAUCCACCACCAGUUAAUAAUAAUCCACCACCAGUCAAUAAUAACCCACCACCAGUAAAUAAUAAUCCACCACCAGUUAAUAAUAAUCCACCACCAGUCAAUAAUAACCCACCACCA